ACUAGAUAUCAUUUUAAAAACUCAAUAUAAUAAAAGGUCAAAAAGUGGUGAAAGCAGAAGCAGAGAGAUGUUGGAAGCUAGGUGUCUGAAGAAAGCGGUGGUUCCGACCACCCUCAUCGAGAAUCCAUCUCCCGGAAGCCUUCAAUCUACUCGCCUCGCUCUCCAUGUCAGCCAUGACUCUUCCCGUUCUUGUUUUCUCUACAUAGCCUCUGGUCCUCACAUCUAUAAUCUCCAGAUUGCUCUGGAAGAAUCUUCAGUCAACAAAGGAAAAGAAAGCCUCUUGAUUCCUCAACAAACUGAGAUUAUUGCCUCAUCGAUAAUCAAUCGCUGUCCUCAUCGUUCCGAAAUUCAGAGUAUUGUUCUUGCCGACACUGAGAGUAAUGGCUACUUAAUAUUAGGAAGUGUGGAUUCUUAUGGUCAUCUUAUUGUAUCCAAACUAGAUACAUCUGGUAGAGAUGUUGACAGGCUUACGUAUUCAGUGUUGCCUCCUGAUAAUGGUAUUGGGGAAGGAAGUUGGUCAGGACUUUGCUUUAGCCCAAGUCAAUGGUCUAUGGCAGCUGUUGCACGUAGCUUUUGCAAAACGAUUGAUAUUUAUGAUCAGGACAUACAUGUUCGUACGUUACGACCGCUUUGGCAUCCUACCUCCUUAAACUUCAUGCAGAAUGUAGUUAAUGGAAACCAGAGUCCUGUAAUAGCUGUUACCGAAGGAUGCCAGCUGACUUUAUGGGACUUGAGAAUGAAAGAAAAUGGUGGUUGUUUACAACGAAUUUGUGGUACCCCUGGUGACAUCUUAUAUUCUGUCUGCAGUUCUUCCACUGGUAAUGUUGCUGUGGGUGGAGCAGAUCGUACUGUGACUGUUUAUGAUCCUCGCAGAUGGUCGGCAUUGUCUAGAUGGGUGCACUGCUCUAAAUUUGAGAUAACAGGACUUGCUUUCUCAACAAUUGACCCUAAUUACAUUUAUAUUCAAGGGGUUGAUUAUGAGGUCUUGUGUGGAACUUGGAAAGAAACCAACAAGUUGUUUUCAUUUAGAGGUGACUCGAACUGGCUUGGCUUUAGUAAGAGCUCCAAAGAAGAUGUUUUGGGUGGAUGGUGUGAUUCAGGUAGCAUAUUCAUAGCUGAUGUAGCAAGUGGAAUUGAUGAAAUGAUGUCUCUGUAGAUUUCUUGGUAGCUUCAGUAGUUCAGUGUCUGUAACCAACCACACUUAUCUCUCA